AGUUGUGGUGACGUCAUGACGUUACCCGGAAGUGAGUGUGGGAAGGUGAAUGCAGUCAUGGCUCGCGCUUUGCUCCUCGCGGCUCUCGGCGGGACUCGGCUCGUCGGGAGCGGGUCUCUGCUGUCCGCUCGACGGUUCUGCUCCGAGCCGCUGACGGUGAGACGGCAGGAGGCCGGAAUCAGGAGGAUCAUAUUAAACAACCCGAAGAAGAGGAACGCCCUGUCGCUGUCCAUGCUGGAAUCGCUCCGAGAAAACAUCCUGACGGAUGUGGACAGUGAGGAUCUGCGAGUGAUCAUCAUAUCAGCUGAAGGUCCGGUGUUUUCUUCUGGACACGACCUGAAGGAGCUGACAUCUGUUCAGGGCCGGGAGUAUCACACCAAGGUGUUUCACACCUGUUCAGAGGUGAUGACUUUGAUACAGGACGUCCCCAUUCCAGUGAUCGCCAUGGUAAAUGGCGUCGCCACGGCAGCCGGUUGUCAGCUUGUUGCCUCAUGUGACAUCGCCGUGGCGACAGACAAGUCUAGCUUUGCCACUCCUGGUGUCAACAUCGGCCUGUUCUGCUCGACGCCGGCAGUGGCCAUCGGCAGAGCUGUACCGAGGAAGGUUGCCAUGGAGAUGUUGUUCACAGGAAGUCCUCUCUCAGCCCAGGAAGCUCUGCUGCAUGGUCUUAUUAGCAAGGUGGUGCCGGAGGAGCGUCUGGAGGAGGAGACGCUCGCCAUCGCCCAGCGGGUGUGUCAGGCUAGUCGACCUGUGGUCGCUCUCGGCAAGGCCACAUUCCAAAGACAAAUGGCUCAAGGCAGAGAUGCUGCAUACGCCACAGCGUCCAAGGUGAUGGUGGACAACCUGGCUCUGAGAGACGGACAAGAAGGAAUCCGAGCCUUCUUAGAAAAACGCAAGCCCGUUUGGAGCCAUAAGACGGAGAAAGUCCAUCCCUAACCUUCUGAUGGCGAGAUAAAUUGAUGGACGAUGCUGCCAGUUCAUUGUAUCAAAGAAACUCAAAAAUGUCUAUCUUGGCAUAAACCAUAAAACCCAAGAUGAUCAAUCAUGAAUGUUUCUUUGGUGGAUUAUGACUGAACUGAGUUUUUGGAGUUUUGGGUUUGGAAAAACUUUGUCAAUCUUUAGCUUUUUGCACAUCUAAUAUUUAGAUUUUCUUUCCUUUUUUUCUGAUGACAUCUUUUUUGUAAGGUUUUAUUAUGUGAUCAACCAUGCAAUUUUUAAUUUGCAGAGCUCAUAAUCACAGAACAGAUCUACACAACUUUACAUAUAUGUAAUUGCUGUUAAAAACGUCAUCAAUUUUUCUACUUGGAUACAUGUAAUAGUAAAGUAUUUUAUUAGUGCAAUAAAGAAAGUUUUCAACUUUUA